AUGAAGAUCGUUACAGGACCUACGCUGGAUGCUUUCCGCGAGUUGAUCGCUGUACUUUGUGGCGGAAGUCGUGGACAAAUACCUUAUCUCGACUUUUUGGCGGAUUUCACGGAGGCAACUCGCUUUGUGGACAAGACGGCUUCAGAGGUCAUUGUGGAACUGGUCAAGGAUAUCUUCAAUCUAACGAGCGAUGCUCGAUCCACAAUGAGAGCUCGCAGCGCAUCGGCCUCGAGAAGCUUGCGGUCAUCCGAAGUGGUGCGGAACGGCGAAGCGGUGUCGAUCAAUCAGUCUAAUGGUUUGGACAGUGCCACAUCCACCAUAGAGACUCCAAGAGAGGCAGUUGUUAGAGAUCAUGACGAAAAUGAACGGGCUGUAGUCGCUCAUGGUGAAGGGCCAUCAGUCUCGAGUGUAUGUAAUGGAGUGGUCAGUUCACCAUCCAGUAAUAAAUCUCAUGGUGAUAAUUCUCUGCUGAAGUCGCCUUCCUGUACGAAACCUAAGCGAGAUAUCUAUGCAAUAAGAAGCAGAAAGGUCGGCAGAGUGGGGACUUAUUCUGUCUCAGGUGUGUGCUUCGUUUGUGGCAAAGGAGGGGAUCUUAUUAACUGUGGCAAGAAAUACACCUCGACCAGUUUCUGUACCACGAAAUUUCAUGAGAAAUGCAUUGAGGUAAGUUCGUUCUCGUCAUUUUCAUUCUCGUCAUUUUCAUCAAGAAGUCUUUUUUCCUAG